CUGUGCUUCUGAUAAUAUCAACUACACUAAAUACAUAAAAAUCUGUCUCUACAUAUCAUUGACAGACAGUGAUGCUAUUUAGAAACAUGACUAUUUAAACUGCACCGAUUGUAUGGGUACGCAGAGGGUCGCUGUUCAUUAGGAAAAUGCAUCUGGGCGUUCUUUUGGUGACGCCAUGAUAUGUCGUCAGAGAGGGAGACAUUUUUAUUUCAUUGUUACGCUUCAGUGUGAAACCACACAUGGUGAAAUUACAAAUGGAAAACAUCGUCUGCAGAAGCACGGUCGUGUAUUUAAUUUAGUCUGGAUCUUGCGAUUGGAUGUAACGGGAAACUUCACCCAAAAAAAAGCAGAACAAUGGAGAAUCUUAAAAAAGUGCAUCCCCGAAAGAGGUAUGUUGAGGCUUUCUUCAUUUUGUCCUCCCUGCUGCAGUCCGCAUCCUCCGUUACUCAUUAUUCUAUUCCCGAGGAAAUGGAGAUAGGCUCUGUUGUCGCAAAUUUAGCAGCUGAUUUGAACCUUGACGUGAGAACAUUGAACAGGAGGAAGAUGAGGUUGGAUAACAUUGCAAACAAAAAGUACCUUGAAAUCAACAAAGAGACGGGGGAGCUUUUCAUUUUAGAGAGACUUGAUAGGGAAUAUCUCUGUACUACAAAAGCAGUCACCGCUUGUGUGUUGAAACUGGAUGCAACCAUUGAAAAUCCCGUUCGUAUGUUUAAUAUUGAACUGGAAAUAUUGGACAUCAAUGACAAUGCCCCACAUUUCCGUAGAGAUACUAUGCAUUUGGACAUAUCUGAAUCCACCCCAGUCGGUGAACGAUUCUCUUUGACAAAUGCUGUCGACCCUGACAUUGGGUUGAAUUCAAUCAAAACAUAUCAUCUCAGUGAAAGUGAUUAUUUCAAUAUUGAAAUACAGACCGGGCGAGAUGGAUCAAAAUUCACAGAUUUGAUCUUGAAAAAAGCUUUGGAUCGAGAGGAACAGAAUGAGCAUAAGUUAAUACUCACUGCUGUGGACGGUGGACUGCCCGCACGGUCCGGUACUGCCAUCAUUGUCGUCAGAGUAUUGGACACAAAUGACAACGCCCCCCAGUUUGACAAAGAAAGCUACACUAUAAACCUGUCGGAAAACUCGCCGAUUGGAAGUCUUGUCGUGAAACUGAAUGCAACUGAUUUAGAUGAAGGCUCAAACGCAGACAUCACUUUUCUAUUUAGUCUUUACACCUCAGAGAAAACACAACAAACGUUCACUUUAAAUUCUGAUAACGGCGAGAUCAGAGUAAAGGAUAUGGUUAAUUACGAAGAUUUUAAAAUCUAUGACAUGGAGAUAAUAGCAAAGGACAAAGCCACUAAUUCUUUAUCGGGACAAUGCAAAUUAACCAUAUUGAUUACUGAUAUGAAUGAUAAUCAUCCAGAAAUUUCAGUCAAGUCUUUUCAAAGUGCAAUUAAGGAAAAUGUUGAAGUAGAUACAGUCGUUGCUGUUGUAAGUGUCAGUGACAAAGACUCUGGAGAAAACGGUGUUGUUGACAUUAAAAUAAAUAAUAAUUUGCCCUUUGUAUUAAGGGAAUCUGCAGACAACUAUUAUGAAUUAGUUGUGUCGACCCCACUUGAUAGAGAAAAGGUUCCAGAAUAUGAUAUUACAUUUACCGUCACAGACAGGGGUACACCACAGUUAUCAGACAACGAGACCAUAACUGUAGAACUGAUAGAUGUGAAUGACAACGUUCCUCAGUUCAGUCAGACAUUUUACACUAUACCCGUUAUUGAGAAUAACGCACCAGGCGCACUAUUAGCUUCCCUUACGGCUUUAGAUCCAGAUCUACAUGAAAACCAAUACCUGGUUUAUUUCAUAAUAGAAAAGGAUAUAGUGAACACCUCCAUGUCCAUGCUGUUCUCCAUUAAUCCAGAGAAUGGCAACCUUUACGCACUGAAGACGUUUGAUUAUGAAAUAGAAAAGGGAUUUCUUUUCCAUAUUGAGGCCCGCGAUUCAGGUGUCCCACCACUUAGCAGUAACGUCACCGUUCAUAUCAUUAUAAUGGACCAAAAUGAUAACAAUCCAGUCAUCGUGUCUCCAUGGCGCGCGCACGGCUCCGUCGUUGAGGAAAAGAUCCCGCGAAACACCGACAAGGGGUCUUUGGUGUCCAAAGUAAUUGCCAUAGAUACAGACUCUGUCCACAACUCUAGGAUAACAUACCAGUUUCUUCUGAAUACGGACACUACCUUGUUCAGUUUGGAUCAGUACAACGGCGAGAUCCGAACCAUGAGAAUGUUCAGCUACAGAGAUGCGCGUCACCAGCGCUUAGUGGUGAUUGCCAAAGACAAUGGAGAGCCUGCGCUCUCUGCCACGGUGACCAUCAAACUCUCCACGGUAGAGACUGCGUUGAAAUCGUACUCUGACAUGACUGAAGUUCCACUGGAAUAUGACAUAUUUUCAGACUUAAACCUGUAUUUGGUUAUUGGACUGGGUUCAGUGUCAUUCCUGUUACUCAUCACUAUACUGGUCACCAUCGUGCUGAAGUGCCAGAAACCAAAGCCAAGCAAAGCAGCUCCUCCUAGUAGGAAUAGUGUGAUCAGUUCAGAGAGGAACUCUACCUUCGCGGAUUCUACACUGGUCUCAAACGAUGCCUACUGGUACAGUAUGUUCUUAGCAGAGACGAGGAAAGGGAAGCUAGUCGUCAGACAGCCGGUGCCAAAGGGGUCGCGGUAUGUUGUGUCCAGUUUACCAAGAGGCACAGGUCUGACGGAUACAAGUGACUCAGCAGCCUCCACAUUACAGGUGAGAAAUUAG